AUGGCAGGGAUAUCCAAUAAACACCGUGCUUUGAACCACGACGAUGAUUUCCCUACAAACCAUGCUAUUCCGCAAUUCAACUCCAAGUACACCGUGGAAGGAUUUGGGUCCUCUCCCACAACCGACCGCUUGUCUUCGCAGCCGCUCCGCAAAAACCAUUCGCAAGAGUCCAGCCCCUUGGCUUCUCCAAACUCCUCCAGGCAUUCUUCCCGUAUAGUGCUUGCCAAACCCGUUUCUCCCUCCACGUCGUCUACGGCCCUCAAUGCUGACCAUAACAACGUGCCCAAGACGUUUGCCGUGCCAGAGGACAGUCCUGCGGAGUCUCGUCAAGACUCUUCCGAUAGGCACUCCUUGCUGAGCUUUGGUGUUCCGUCAACGUACUCGGGCUUCCAUGCUCGACGAAACGUCAGUGACAAGCCUGUUCCGCCGCUGGCCGCGCCCAUCAAGCCCAAAAAGUCCAAAAGAGGCUCCUCAUUGCUCCACAGAUUCCUGCCGUCCAGACGCGAGUCGGAGCCUGCAAAGGCUAAACACCACGGCAGCACCUCAAGCCGAUUUUCUCGGAAGUCAGACCCGUCGUCCAGGGAAAGCGCCUCGUCGAGCAUACCUGAGAAAAGGUCCGAGUCCAAGGAGUCGGUUUCGCUAGCUUCCCGCUUCAAAGGCCCAAUUCCUCGCACCCAGCGCCAGCCGUCCAUUCCUCUGCCGCAAACAUUGCAGCUCACCAGCUUGGAGAGCCAGUACAAGCAUUCUCCAUUCGGACUCGACCUUGAUACAGAUAACGAGCAGAUGACAAACAUCACACGUGCGUCCAACUCAGAGAUGUCCCGGAUGGGCUCCGCAAUAAGCAUGCUUCCGCAGCCGUCCACCGAGCGCGCGGGAUGGAGACCGCCAGAAAGUUGGAAAGUCAAGACCGCGCGCGAAAACUCCGACCCAAUGGCCCGCCACGUCGAGCUCCACGAACGCUCCAAGUCUGUGUCGUCCGGGUCGACCAUCUCGUCCACCAAGUCGAUCGACCACGGUCCAAGAAAGGCGAACACAAUGACUCCACCGUCCACUUCGAGUCCGCGGUCAGAGUUGCAAUUAUAUACUCCGGGAGAUAAGAAGGACAGCAAGAGCUCGUUGUCGGACGAACAUCCUCGCGUGGCUUACCAUCCAAAGGAACUGAAGGGAGCAGCUCGUUCUUCAGUUCGUAUUUUCAUCGGAGAAAAAAGUUCGGUGCUACCAUGCACUCUAGACACUACGUGUAAAGACGUGUUGGAUUCGCUUCACAGAAAACGGUUCUUGAAGAAUGACGACGACCAUAUCAUUGUGCUCAAGUGUGGAGGUCUUAUUCGGACGCUGUCUAUGGACGAGAAGCCAUUAAAAAUCCAAAGAACAAUGCUGUUCUUGUACGGAUACAACCAACGGGACAACUUGGACUAUAUCGAGCGUACCGACUUGAGUUUUCUGUUCAAGUUUGUUGUUCAAGACCGUGGAGUCGAGCUGAUCAGCGACGAGAGACGGCAAAUGAUCGAUCCGCAGCACGUUGACCUGGACAACUGGAACUUGCAAGAUAUCCCGAACUUCCUGUACGCAGAGCCAAUCGUCUCUUUGAACGUGUCACAGAACCCGUCGUUCGAGUUCACCAAGGAGUUCAUGCAUGAUUGUCGCAACCUGGUGAACCUGAGCUUCACCAGAAACGGUAAUCCCAAGUUCCCCACAUCGGUGGUGUACGCACCCCGCCUGGAAGAGCUUGACUUGGAAGUCAACUAUAUCAAGCUGAUUCCGCCAGAGAUCUCACAGAUGACUUCUUUGACCACGUUGAAUUUGGCUUGUAAUCGGAUCUCCACGCUGCCUUCAUACUUCUCUGAGCUGCAAAGCCUGAAAAGUCUAAAUUUAUCAUCAAAUCGCAUCAAAAACAUACCAGAACCAAUCACAAAGAUCAAAGGACUCAAACGUCUGGACUUGUCAUACAAUAACAUCUCCACGAUUUCUGAAUCGUUGUCCAAUCUGACAAACUUGGAAGAUCUCCAGCUAGCUGCUAACCGGCUUUCCAAGGACCUUCCAUACUUCUUCAGCCAGCUUGACUCUCUGGUCAGCAUUGAUAUCCGGUUCAACAAGUUCGACUCGAUUGACUCGCUCAAGAAUCUUCCUUCCUUGGAAGUGAUUCGUGGUACCGGUAACAACAUUUCUGUUUUCCGCACAAACGCUAUCAAUCUGACCAACGUUGAGCUCAACAUAAACCCGGUGACUCUGGUCAAAUUCGACCAGGUGAUGCCUAAAUUGAAGGUUGUGGACUUUUCCAAAGAUAAAAUCACUUCGUGUAUGUUUGUCUCCAUGCUUCCUGCUGUGGAGAGACUCAUUUUAGAUUACAACCAUCUGGUGUCUUUGCCAGACGACAUUUCUCAAAUGAAGAAUCUGUCGUAUCUUUCUGUUUUCCGCAACAACUUGACAUCGCUUCCAAGUGGUAUUGGCUCGUUAACCAAGUUGAAAUAUCUCGAUCUGCAUCUGAACAACAUCAGUUUUCUGACCCCAGAAAUAUGGUAUCUAUCGUCAUUGGAAUACUUCAACAUUUCUUCGAAUCUUUUGGAGUUCUUCCCUGACCCUCCUGAUCAGUCUGGAAUGUUCGAUGGUCUGUCUUCUCUGACGAGAACAAACACCCAGAGAACAAGAAACCCAACAGCUAUGGCUUCUGACCGUCCAAAUAGACGUGUUUCGGAGAUCUCCACAAUGACGGUCAACAAUUGGGAAAGCUUGGGCUUGGAAAAGUCUCUGAAAGUGCUCAGUUUGAACGAUAACAAGUUCACCGACUCUGCUAUUCCAACCGUUUCAAUGUUCAAAAAUUUAACGAUUCUCAACAUGUCAUACAACGAGCUGAUUGACAUUCCUGCUGGCCAUCUCAACAACUUGACGAAACUGAAAAAGCUGUACCUCAGCGGUAACCAUCUUUCGAGUUUACCGGUGGAAGAUUUCGAAGCUUUCACUCAGAUGGAGACACUUCAUCUCAACGGCAACAGAUUCCAUACUUUGCCGGCUGAACUUUCCAAGAUUCCUAAUAUGACGGCCCUCGACGUUGGAUCGAACAACCUCAAGUACAACAUUGGAAAUAUCCCGUACGAUUGGAACUGGAGCUACAACCCGAAACUCAAGUACCUUAACUUCUCAGGAAACAAGAGACUCGAAAUCAAGCCAUUGCACAAACGUGAGGGCAUGGAGGACAGUUUGGACUCGUUCUUGGUGCUCAAGGAUAUCAAGUUGCUGGGUCUGAUGGAUGUUACUAUCACCACUGACUUAGUUCCAGAUCAAAGCGUUGAUGUCCGUGUACGUUCUACUGUCUCUCAGUUAGGCAAAUACGGUUAUGGUAUCUCGGACACGCUUGGAGAAAAGUCAAGUUUGACCACUAGAGACGUUGUCAUUGAAAGAUUCCGUGGAAACUCCAACGAGAAGCUCAUCACCAUUUAUGACGGAAAAAACUGCAGUGACGAAACCGGUGAUAAAAUUUCCAAGAUUAUUCAAGAGACUUUCGAAUCGCAUCUGGCCAAAGAGCUCGAGACGGUCGAAUCAGACAAACCUGUUGAAGACGCUUUGAGAGCCGCUUUUCUUACCAUGAACUCGGAAAUGAGUAUUCUCAUCAACAAGGAUAAGUCUUCCACCUUUAGUUCUGCCGCUGCCCAUCGUACAACAACAACUGACGAACUGACCAUGGAGAAAGAUGGAUUGACCGGGUGUUGUGCCACCAUCAUUUACAUUCGUGGGGACGAGCUGUAUGUUGCCAAUAUUGGAGACAUUAUGGGUAUUCUGACAAAGUCUGACGGUCAAUAUACCGUUUUGACAAGCAAGCACGAACCGUAUGCUCCUGAGGAGUACGCAAGAAUCCGUGAAUCUGGAGGAUUUGUGACCACAGACGGUUUUCUUGACGGUGUAAGUGAUGUUUCUCGUGCAGUUGGAUAUUUCAAACUGAUUCCUCAUAUCAACGCUGUUCCAAGUAUUUCCAAAUACAAGCUCACUCAGAACGAGCAGAUGAUUGCGAUUGCGACGUCGGAGAUCUGGAAAAAGGUUCCAUACGACCUGGCAGCUGAUAUCAUCCGUCAGGAGAAGAGCAAUCCAGGAAUUGCUGCCGAGAAAUUGAGAGACUUUGCCAUUUCCUAUGGAUCCAGAGACAAAGCCACGGCUGUGGUUUUGUCGCUAAGACAGUUCUCCACCAAGCAAAAAUACCAUGAGCGGGGUUCUUUGCCUGAAGACUCGCUCUUGCGGAAACUGGACGAAGAAAUUGAACCACCAACAGGAGAACUGGCCAUGGUUUUCACAGAUAUCAAGAACUCCACCUUGCUAUGGGAUACGUAUCCGAUUGCCAUGCGUUCUGCAAUCAAAGUUCACAAUGCCAUUAUGAGAAGACAGCUCAGAAUCAUAGGAGGAUACGAGGUGAAGACAGAAGGUGAUGCGUUUAUGGUUUCGUUCCCUACUCCUUCGAGUGCUCUACUUUGGUGUUUCACUGUUCAAUCGCAGUUGCUGACAACGGACGAGUGGCCGUCUGAGAUCUUGGUCAGCGACCAAGGAUGCGAGAUCAGAGACGAUAACGAUAAUAUCAUUUUCCGAGGUCUUUCUGUGAGAAUGGGAGUUCAUUGGGGUAGACCUGUGUGUGAGCGUGACAUUGUGACCAAAAGAAUGGACUAUUUCGGACCGAUGGUGAACAGAGCGUCUCGUGUGAGCUCUGUGGCCGACGGUGGUCAGAUCGCCAUGAGCACAGACUUUUAUUAUGAGUUUGACAAACUCAAGAACCUGCACGAAAGAGUUCAGACUAAAAGCGGCGGUAUUGGUGAGGUCUACGGGUCCAAGACCAUGGGCAAUGUUCUUGAGAGCCAGAUGAACCAGCUCGACCAGAUCGGCUGGGUUGAAGAGUCCAUUGGAUCCAAAAAGUUGAAAGGAUUGGAAACUCCAGAAAAAAUAUGGCUUAUUUUCCCUAGCCAUCUUGCGGAACGGUUGCAUGUGAUCAACAAUUCACAUGGAGAAACAGAGAACCGCGGAAACCCUCUGCUGGUUGGAGGGUUGACUGCCGACAGCAUCUGGAAACUGAGACGUCUUUCGCUGAGACUGGAGAAAGUGUGCAGUUAUUGCACUGGAAACGCUGCCAAAGCGUCAGCCACUGAUAUGAUGACCGAGACUGCAGAGGAAUCUUUCAUGAACCAGCUGACCAACUCUGAAAUCGACUUGAUUUUGUUGAUUGAGCAUAUUGUCACCCGUAUUGAGAACGCUGUUGGAAUUCUGUCUAUCAGAAAGUGCGGUUCUUUGCGUCCAGAAGAAGGUCUUUUGAUGGGAACCAUUGAGGAACUGUACCGGAUGAUUUCUGUGAUUCCACGGCCUGUGAUUGAGCCAGAACGCAAAUCUUCCUUGUUGGAAGAGCUUUCCCCGGAAAACAUGUAA